AUGUCAGCCUCAAAUACACUGCUGCGCGUGAGCAGACGGGCCACCUCGAUAGCUUGUCGUAGUUCCAACGUCCCCAAAAGAUGUCUCCAGAUCAAUUCGACUGAGAAGGGUAGAGGUCUACCUAUCCAUACGACUGAAACCGACGAUCAGAAACUACGACAACCUGGCGACGAUCUGCUAGGAGAGCUCAGAAAGGCGUCUCGACCACCCAUGGGCAAGUUGACUGCUCCGAUCGUAAACGAGGCCGACAAAUAUGCCGACAAGGCAGUUCCACUGCACCAGUAUGGCCAAUACAUCAUGUCUUGUCUUCCAAAAUACGUACAACAAUUCAGUGUCUGGAAGGACGAACUCACCAUUUACAUUGCGCCUGAUGGUGUUAUCCCAACCUUCACCUUCUUGAAAUACCAUACUGCAGCAGAAUACACUAUGGUAGCAGAUCUCACAUGCGUCGACUUUCCUACGAAGCCCAACAGAUUCGAAGUCGUGUACAACAUGCUCAGCGUACGACACAAUUCGCGCAUACGGGUCAAGACUUAUGCAGACGAAGCCUCUCCCGUUCCUUCCAUUACUCCUCUGUACGACGGCGCGAACUGGUAUGAAAGAGAAGUUUACGAUUUAUUCGGCGUCUUCUUCACAGGACACCCUGAUUUGCGAAGGAUAAUGACCGACUAUGGCUUUGAUGGUCAUCCACUAAGGAAAGACUUCCCACUCACGGGAUACACCGAAAUUAGAUACGAUGAAGAGAAGAAGAGAAUAGUCGUCGAGCCACUCGAGCUGACUCAGGCAUUCCGCAACUUUGAGGGUGGUACAAGUGCUUGGGAACAAGUCGGAACUGGUGUUGACCGCAAGCCAGCGCAGUUCAAGCUACCUACACCAAAACCUGAAGAAAAGAAGGAAGAAAAGAAGUGA